AUGGCAAAACGCGCACGUCUUCGACUGAUUCUUCUUGCCAAAUUGGUGUCUUUGAAGAUGUCUGACGAAAAAGAAAAAAGAUCAUUGAGGCCUGUUGCCUUUGUGGCUGUGGUGUUCUCAACUGUUGCCAUUACAUCAUGCCUUAUCACUUUUCCAUUAAUUUUGCAUUAUAUUCAAACUUUGGAAUCUCAAGUUCAACUUGAUCUUGAAUUCUGCCAGGCUAGAGCUAGAGAUAUGUGGAAAGAAAUGUUGGAUAUUGAAACUGGAGGAAAGAAGGAUUCAGCAAAAUUGGCUAACAUUGUUCUCAAUCAUAGAAGACUCGAGAAACGUGACACUCUCCAAGACUUCUGGGCUCGCCGCCUUCACGACCAAGAACUCCGUGACCAACCGGUUGGAUACGAUAAUCCAUCUGUUGGAGUUGAAUCAUUCAACUCCGAAGGUGGAGGGUGCUGCACUUGUCAUCGUGGACCACCAGGACCAGCUGGAGAUGGUGGACGUGAUGGAGCCGAUGGAGUGGAUGGAACACCGGGAGAGAUUGGACCUCCAGGACCCCCAGCUCCACCAGGACCAGAUCCACACUCACUCUUCCCACCACAAUGUCCAUGUGAGGCUCCACCAGGUGACGGUGGACCACCAGGACAACCAGGACCAGAUGGACCACCAGGAGCCCCAGGAAAUGCCGGAGAGGACGGGAAACCAGGAGAUCAAGGACCACGUGGACCACCAGGAAUUCCAGGAGCUCCAGGACAACCAGGACGUCCAGGACCACCAGGAGAGCCAGGAACCUACAAGACUGAAGUUGGACCAGCUGGAAGAGCCGGAGCUCCAGGAAGACCAGGACCACCAGGACAACCAGGACCAGCUGGACCACCAGGAGAAAAUGGAAAGGGAGGUGGCCAAGGACCAUCAGGGCUCCCAGGACCACCAGGGCAACCAGGACAAAAUGGAGCACCAGGAGAAGUUGGACAACCAGGAGACAACGGAGCUCCAGGAAGUUGCGAUCAUUGUCCACCAGCUCGUUUGGCUCCAGGAUAUUAGAUUCUUUUUUCUUUUUUACAAUAAAAUAUUUUAUGACUCAAAAU